GUGUGUCGGCACCGAGGGAGGGGCAUACACUUCCUGGAUCUGCCACGCCUCUCGUUGAGGGAUAACCAAUCACUCCUGCUGGACCAGGUGAUGCAGAGCCUACCUGAGGACUACAGGUGUGGGAAGUCUCUGGGACCGGUGGAGUCGUUACAGGAACACCCCAAGCAGCCAGGGAAGAUUCUGAUUGGCUACAGCAGAGGCCUGGUCGUCCUAUGGGAUCUCAGCACCCGCAACGCAGAACACAUGUUUCUGGGAAAACAGCAGCUGGAGUCCCUGGUGUGGGAACGUUCCGGUAGCUCCUUCGUCAGUUCCCAUAGCGACGGGGGGUACAGCGUGUGGGCUGUUGCCAGUGGUAACACGUACACACACCAGCCUGUGUCCUCGUCCAUCCCCUAUGGUCCGUUCCCUUGUAAAGCCAUCAACAAGAUCUUAUGGAGGACGAUUCAGUCAGGGGGUCCAGUGGUCCUCUACAGUGGAGGAAUGCCCAGGGCCAGUUAUGGAGACCGUCACUGUGUGACCAUCCAACAGGACAAACAACACGUCACUCUAGACUUCACAUCCAGAGUUAUAGACUUCUUCACCGUCCACACCACUGACCCGAACACGACUAUGAUGAUCCUAAAGCCCUCGUGGUGCUACUGGAGGAGGAACUAUGAUGAUCCUAAAGCCCUCGUGGUGCUACUGGAGGAGGAGCUGGUUGUAACAGACCUCCUGACCACCGGGUGGCCCUCUGUCCCUCCUCCCUACCUGACCCCCCCUGUGUUAAUAAUGUACUAUGAUGAUCCUAAAGCCCUCGUGGUGCUACUGGAGGAGGAGCUGGUUGUAACAGACCUCCUGACCACCGGGUGGCCCUCUGUCCCUCCUCCCUACCUGACCCCCCCUGUGUUAAUAAUGUACUAUGAUGAUCCUAAAGCCCUCGUGGUGCUACUGGAGGAGGAGCUGGUUGUAACAGACCUC